AUGGCAGUCAAGUAUUUCAAAUAUCUGUUAGAAGGUAGAGACUUUGUUAUUUAUAAUGAUCAUGCCCCUCUAACAUAUGCAUUCCAGCAGAAUGAGAAAUUUACAACAGAUUUGCGACGUAUUUCUGGUAAAGCAUACGUUGUGGCUGAUAACUUUUCAAGGCUUGAAGAAUUGGUUCCAACAGGAAAGCAAUUGUGGUGUGAUGUCCCGACAAAAAGUAUUCGACCUUGUAUUCCUGAACAAUUCCGUUAUGCUAUUUUUCAACAUUAUCAUAAUUGGGCUCAUCCAAGUAUCAAGACAACUGUAAAAAUGAUUACAUCAAGAUGUGUCAGGAUGAAUAUGAAAAAGGACAUUGCAAAUUGGUCACGAGCAGGUAAUGCUUGUCAAAAAAAAAACAACGUAUCACGACAUGUGGAUUCACCAAUAGGACACUUUCCCAACACUGAUGAACGUUUUAAAGUAAUUAAUCUGGAUUUGAUAGGGCCAAUGCCCCCUUCUGAUGAAUAUACGUAUUGCUUAACAUGCAUCGAUAGAGUAACGAACUGGGCAGAGCUACUUCAAGCACUAUCAAAAAGAUGUGGUUGUAAUCAAACUCAAACUACUGCAUAUCAUCCUCAAUCCAAUGCGAAAAUAGAAAAAUUUCAUCGCACACUUAAUGCAGCAAUCCGUUCACAUUCAACUACAAAAUGGACUCAAACAAUACCUGCAAUCCUUCUCGGUCUUCGUUACUCAAUCAGAGAAAACGCGAAUGCUACGAUAGCAGAAAUGGUUUAUGGUUUACCCAUCAAGAUACCUGGAGAUUUGUUUCAAGAAGUCGGAACAAAAAGGGAUUCAGACUUACCCUAG